AUGGUGAUACCACAACAAGCAUGUUGGAUGAUAAAGAAGAUUAUGGAGGCUAGAAAGUUUUGGGCACAAGAUAGUGGGUCUAAUAUAUCUGGCAAGAGAAUCCUAAGAGAAAAAUACUCAGAGCUGCUUGAAGACAGAGCUAGAAUUCCUUGGAAGGCUACUAUGUUUAGUAAUGCUGCAGCACCCAAAAUUGCGUUUAUAAUAUGGGUUCAACUAGAUGCUAGGCUGCUAACCAAUAGGCUCUGGAAAUGGGGAAUGGAGAUCAAUCCCACGUGUGUGCUAUGUAAUCAGGAAGAUAAGACGCAGGAUCAUUUUUUUGCGCAUUGUGAAUUUACUAUGCUAGUUUGGGCAAAGAUGUUGCUUUGGAUCCAGAGACAGAACCCUCAGACUACCAAUUGGAAUGAGCAUCUUCAGUGGGUGAUCAAUUCUUUAAAAGGGAAAUCUAUGCAGGUACAAGUAUUUAAAAUGGUGUAUGCUGAUACAGUCUAUGCACUGUGGAAUGAAAGAAAUCAAACGGUGUUUGAAAGGAAAACUUUGGAACCUAAUCAUAUUGUAAGAAGAGUAGAUUAUAUUUGCAAUGUUAGAUCUACAACAACGGUUAGGACCCUUAUACAAACGUGGCUAUUGUAA